AUGCCCAAGUCGAAGCGCAACAGAAUCGUGAACCUGACCCAGGUCAGCAAGAAGACUCGCGAGCAAAAGGACAAGCUCUUCGCCAACAUCCGCGAAACCGUUCCCGAGUACCAGCACUGCUUCGUCUUCGCCGUCGACAACAUGCGCAACAACUACCUCAAGCAGGUCCGCCACGAGCUUACCGACUGCAGCAGGGACGUUUCCUGGUACAAUUGGAACCUCCAGACUAACCCCCUCCAAACCAGACUCUUCUUCGGCAAGACAAAACUCAUGGCCAAGGCCCUCGGUCAAGACCCCUCCUCCGCCGUCGCGGACGGCAUCGACCGUCUCACCCCCUUCCUAUCCGGCACCGUCGGCCUCCUCUUCACCAACCGCGACCCCAAGGCCGUUCUCGAGUACUUUGAAGGCGUCUCCCCCGUCGACUUCGCCCGCGCCGGCACCGUCGCCACUCGCGACUUCGUCAUCCCCCCGGGCGUCGUCUACGCCACCGGCGGCGAGGUCCCCGCCGAGCACGACGUGCCCAUGGAGCACAGCAUCGAGCCCGAGCUGCGCCGCCUCGGUAUGCCAACCCGCAUGAUCAAGGGCCGCGUCUGCCUCGGCGACGCCGACGGCUCCUCUGGCGAGGGCUACACCGUGUGCAAGGAGGGCGACACCCUGGACAGCAGGCAGACGAGGCUGUUGAAGCUGUUCAGCGUCUGCCUGAGCGAGUUCAAGGUCCAGGUCAUGGCAUACUGGAGCGCGGCGUCAGGCGAGGUGACAGAAGUCAACCCCAACGCCAUGGAGGCCGACAGCGACUAA